AUGUCUGAAGGGCUCUCCCGCAAGGUCCCGGUGACGUUUGACGACGUUGCCGUCUAUUUCUCUGAGGAGGAGUGGGAGAUUCUGGCAGAAUGGCAGAGGGACCUAUACAAGGAGGUGAUGAAGGAGAACUUGGAGACUGUGCUUUCCCUAGGCUUCCAGAUCCCCAGACGUGGCGUCGUGUCCCUGAUGGAGCGAGGGGGCGAGGCCUGUGUCCAGUAUCCCAGGGACCCUGCACCUGAGACCCACUUGGGGGGAAAUGGCUUCCUAGGCCCUGCCCAAGAAGCGGACGCCAUCGAUCGGGCUGCGGAGCAGCCGCAGCAGCCUAGAGACGCCCCGUCUCUCCCCAGCUGUGAUGCACAUGUCCAGUGGGGCCGCAGCAGCUGCAGCGAGUUUGGGCCGUGGGUGCAGCCUGGCUCCCAGCGGGGGAAGGCUCCUGAGUUCCUGGGCCGCUGGGGAACUGGCUCUGGAGCAAUGCACGAUGGGCAGGAGGACACCUCCGGGCUGCAGCCGAACCGCCGGCAGAGCCAGGCCGAGGAGCAGCCGCGCCGGCGCCCCAGAGGCAAGGGCAGCGCGGCCGCGCAGCACCGCCCGAGAGCUCAGCGGGAGGCCAGGCCGCUGCAGUGCCCCCACAGCGUGAAGAGCUUCACCGCGCGGCCCAGGCUCACCGAGCACCUGCGGACGCACUCGGGCGACAGGCCCUUCAAGGGCCCGGACUGCGGCAAGACCUUCGGCAAGCACUCGGUCUUCGUGGGGCACCGCCACAACCACACGGGCGAGCGCCCCUUCCCGUGCCCGGCCUGCGAGAAGCGCUUCAGCCACCGCUCCCACUUGACGGUGCACCAGCGCAUCCACGGGGGCGAGCGCCCCUACUCCUGCGCCGACUGCCACAAGAGCUUCAUCAGCCAGUCCCAGCUCACGGUGCACCGGCGCACGCACACCGGCGAGCGGCCCUACACCUCCGCCGAGUGCCAGCGGCGCUUCAGCCACCGCUCCCACCUCAUCGUGCACCAGCGCACGCACACCGGGGAGCACCCCUACCGCUGCCUCAAGUGCGGCAAGGGCUUCCACCAGCCCACCAACCUGGCCGCUCACCAGCGGACUCACCUGGCGGAGAGGGCCCUGCCGUGCAGCCAGCCUGCCCGUGCCUUGCUGAGCCCCAGGGAGAGCACCUAG